AUGUCUACUCGUGAUGUUGACGCCAAUAUGGGUAGCAGACUGGUUUUCUGUCACUUCAUGAUUGGUGUUGUGAGCAACCGCCAAAAUGCCAGCGAUUAUGAUGCCGACAUGAAACGCGCCAAAGAAGCUGGCAUUGAUGCCUUUGCUUUGAAUAUCGGCACUGAUCCAUACACUGAUACCCAGCUGAACUUUGCCUAUCAAUCUGCCGCCGACAAUGACAUGAAGGUGUUUAUCUCCUUUGACUUCAACUGGUACAAUGUCAACCAGGGCAGCGAGGUUGGCACCAAGAUCAGACAGUUUUCAAGCCACCCUGCACAGCUCAGGGUCGAUGGAAAGGUAUUCGUGUCAUCUUUCUCUGGCGACGGUGUCGAUUGCGGUGCGAUGAGAUCUGCAGCUGGCUGCGACGUCUUCUUUGCGCCAAACUACCACCCAGGUCAGGGUGACUUCAAUGAUGUUGACGGUGCGUUGAACUGGAUGGCAUGGGGAAGUGAUGGGUACAACAAGGCCCCGACUGCUGAGCGGAAGGUGUCUGUCAUUGAUGGAGAUACCGCAUACCAAGUGGCGCUUGCUGGGAAGCCUUACAUUGCUCCCGUCUCGCCCUGGUUCUCGACGCAUUUCGGCAACGAGGUCUCCUACAGCAAGAACUGGGUCUUCCCCUCCGAUCUCCUCUGGUACAACCGAUGGAGAGAAAUCCUCGCGACCAAGCCCCGUUUCGUGGAGAUAAUCACCUGGAAUGACUACGGCGAGUCGCACUACAUCGGACCACUCUCAUCGCCUCAUACUGACGACGGCUCAUCAAAAUGGGUGAUGGACAUGCCACACAAUGGCUGGCUCGACAUGGCCAAACCCUUUAUAGCAGCCUACAAGGCAGGCUCAGAGCUCCCAAUAGACUACCUGGAGGAAGAAAAACUAAUCUACUGGUACCGGCCAACGCCCAAAUCAACAAACUGCGACGCAACAGAUACAACCAUGCAAAGCGCCAACAACGCCAGCGGGAACUUCUUCCGCGGCCGCCCAGACGGCGCAGACACAAUGCAAGACGCCGUCUUCGUGGUCACGCAGCUGAAGGAGCCUGCCUCGGUGGAGGUGACGUCGGGAACGAACACGCAGACCUUUCAAGCACCGGCAGGGGUACGGGCGUGGACGGUGCCGAUGGGCGUAGGCGCGCAGUCCUUCCGUGUCGAGAGGGAUGGACAGACGGUCGAGGAACUGUCUGGGACUAGUCUGCGGGAUAUUGUCGACGAGUGUGUCUGUGGCAUUUACAAUUUCAAUGCUUAUGUCGGGACGUUGCCUGCUGAUGCGGAGGUUGAUCGGCUAGCGCCGGAUGGCAUCAACGUCGUCACCAUCAGCUUCAGCUUCAGCUUCAGCUUCAGCAUCAGCGUCACCGUCACCGUCACCGUCACCAUCAACCCAUCAUACCAGUCGGAAUACCGAGCUAUUCUGCGAGAUCUGUCAUGGCGGUGGUAUACCCCAACCAGCAAAAGAAGGUGA